AUGACGAGUCUCGUGAUUGUGGACGGAAUCACGACUCACCUGCUACAGCCGGGUGCCGCCGACAGAAGCUACGACUUCCUGCCUUCCUUCUCGAGGGACGCGGGCGCCUUCGGUGACCAGCUACUCGAGGCUCGCCGGCGCCGCUUCCGCAAGCUCCGGCGCCUCAUGUACACCGACCCGGAGAAGAUCAAGCGCCGCAGCGAGAUGCUGCUGCCGGUCAUGACAGUGAACGCCUACUACAUGCCGGUCUUCAACGUGGUCGUCCUUUCCGGGACAAUACUGCAGUCGCCGUUCGCGAUGGACGCUGAUGUGCCGGCCAUCAACUUCGGCAGCCUGGGCCGCGUCAUCGGACACGAGCUGUCCCACGCGUUCGACGCUACCCAUUCGACCCUUGACCAGCACGUGCAGCCGCUGAUGCUCUACAGCCCGUCCUCGCACAAAGAGUUCCUCACCCGCCUCACCUGCCUUGCCAAGCAGCAGAUCAACGACGCUUCGGGCAGCCAGACCCUGGGCAACAACUCCAUCUCGGAGGCAUUCGCCGACAACGCGGGCCUCGAGAAGGCUCAGCUGGCAUUCAAGGCGCUGCUGCAGCAAGAGUCCGAGGUGAAGCUGGGUGGCGAUGGGCCUGCAGCUUCGUUGGGCUACACAGCGCAGCAGCUGUUCUUCGUCAGCGGCUGCUUGAUGUUCUGCUCCGGCCAAGGCUACACGUUCAGUCAGAACGCCAUCUACCCGCCCCCGUUCCUGCGUUGCAACGCGCCCGUGAUGAACACGCGCGAAUUCGGGGUUGCAUUCGGCUGCCCCCAGGGCACGCCCAUGAACCCCAUCAUUCGAUGCAACUUCCACUAA